AUGUCUACCUUCGAAUCACUACCAGUCGAGUUAGUCGCAGAUAUCCUUGGGGAGCUUGACAUAGCGACCUUGAUCACCGUCUCAUCCCUUUCUCGCCGCCUGCGCGCUAUAGCGUCCGAUUCUUCUUUGAACCCAUGGCGCCGGCCCAUCCUGCGCACUAUGUGCAAUUCAAACGGAGAUGGAGAGUACGAGCCAAAACUGAGGCACCUGAGCGUCAGGCAUACUGUGCCGCGGCAAAACUGGGUUGAAAUCCUGACCUUGGGCAAGGCGGAGUACAUCCUCUAUGAGAUGACCCUUCCGAACCUCAAGGAGACGGAAUGGGAAGAGUGCUUCCGAAGGCGUUUCCUGCCCGGAUGGAUCAAGUGGAAGACUUCGACGUGGAAGGCCGCGUACUUGAAGAUCCUGCACCGAGUCUGGCACCGAAGCCACUCGUCGUGCACUGCUGACGAGGCUUGGACAAAAUAUAUUCUGCUCAACCGUAAUGGGUCUGCAAACCUUCUGGACGCUUCUUCUCGCAACCAUAGUCCGAUGAAUACCUUCCACGAAAUCAAGCUGCAAAACAAUGUCGCACAUUUGCCCACGCACGUUCGACUGGUCGUAGAGUUCAGGGACGUGCGAAUCAUUGCCCUCGGUGUCCUGAGCAAGCCGCGUUCGUACUUCUCGAUCAAUCAGAACGCGCGACUGCUUCUUCAUCCUCCGGGCAUGACCAAGGGAGACGACGAGGUUGCAUCGGCGCAAGCGGGACACGUCUCCGAAGGGAGCGAUGAGUCCUUCCCACCAGUCCUGGAGACUCCCCUUCCUAUCAGGGUCGCACAUCCGAUCAAUGUGAAGGACGUCUACCGUCCGUUGACGCAUCCCCUGCCUUCCCCUUGCCAUGCGAACUAUCCCUUCUACACCUUCGGUGGAGAGGAUAAGCGAUGGCUCGGAAAUGAAGAAAUGGAGGAAGGAGGUCGCCAGUGGAUCGGGCCCAUGAUGCUUACCGCGCAGUUGAUCAAUCUACAGACGAAGCAGCAUCUCGAAGAUGGGCCUCCUCUUCAGGAUCUUGAUCUCGUCGUCGGCCCUGGGAGAACGCAGUUCUCGUCUUUGUCAUGGGCAGACUUGACAGCAAUCGCUCCUUGGCUCGAACUGACGGCCAAGAUCAAUGGGCAGGGCCUUGGUCACUGAAAUGAUCGGACUCGCAUUCCUAUCCCAACCCUUCUAGGGGUUAUCGGGCGUCAUUGUCCCUGCGUGUGUAUGAGUAUGUACGAUGUGUCGUCACGCUUGCUUGUUGUCGGGUCGGAUUUUGUAGCAUGAUGUUGACGGUUUCGAAGGACUGGCUGUCAGAAUUCGCACCCUGUAACAAUCCUGUCUCCAAUCUGGUAACGAG